CAGAAAGGCGCAGGUAGGGCGUGGCGAGGCGCGUCUUUUUCCUGCUCAGUGUUUUGAAUCUUCUCUCUAAUUAGAACGUGAGGAGAACCGAGCCGAGGAACAGCACCGGACCGCGCUCGGGUCACUCUCUGAGGGGCGGGUCACCGAAGUUACUGCGCGACUUUGCCUUCGACAUACUCGCGGCUGUGGCAUUCAAAACUCAUAAAGUUUGAUAUCUUUCAAAUUGCAUUGUUUUCGGUAUAAUCGUGCGUUUCUGCAGCAAGAUGACUUCACACGCGUGGAUUUUACUUCUUCUGGCAAGUCUUGUGGCGACAAGAGCGCAAGAUUUGGACCUCUCUGAUGCUUUUGAUGAUGACGAGCCCCCUGCAAAGCCAACAGUGAAACCAGCCCCACCAAAAAAACCCGAUUCAGGAUUUGAUCUUUCGGAUGCCUUCGAUUCGGACCCGAAAAAACCUCCAGUAGCACCCCCCAAAUCAGAAGAUGAUAAAAAGAAACCAUCUGGAGGUGAUUUCGAUCUGUCUGAUGCAUUUGGUCCAGAUAUUGAGCCCAAAAAGCCCGUGGUCCCACCUAAAGAGAGAGGAACUGGCGGUGGAACUUUUGAUGACACAGACCUCUCUGAUGUGAAUGAAGGGGGUGAAUACAAACCCGAUGGGGGCCGAAGUGGAGGGCGUGGAGGAGAUGUUCCUCAGUAUAACGAUAAUGGUGGUGCCUCUGAUCAACCUCAAGAUCUUAACCAGCAGUGGCUCCAGAUUAUCAAGAUGCUAGUCGAUAAUAUACCAGAAGGCCUCAGUGCUUGGAUUUCCGAGUUUAAUCAAGUAGUAAAGCCCCUGCUAGAGCAGUUUCGAGGACUUCUGAAUGUAACAGAGGAGAAGGCAGAGCUCUAACUGUCCUGGAUAGCAGCCUCUUUUGCUUGUACGGGGUUUUUAAAUGGUCUUACACAUUGUUUACAUGGUUGGAAGGUUACGCUUGGUUGUAAGGUUGGGACUGCUGGUGCUUUUUCAGGAUGAGAUGCAUGUUUGGUGAUGAUCAGGUGAUUAGUGAUCGUGUUGAUUUAGCUAUUGGAUACGAGGAAUUAUCUUAUCGUAUUACUGACUUGUUUUUACUGGUUUCUUUGCGUGUCGGUAAGGAUUGUAAGACCAUACGGCUACUUUCGGAGUUGGUAAGGUUUUUAAAAAGACUUUUAGAAAUGAAAGGACUGAUCAAAAAUAUUUGAAACGGGUUUUAAAAAUGAAUGAAUUUUAAAUUGUAAUAAUAUGUUAGAAUACAUCGCAGACUUGGCAAGCAUAAAACAUGAAAUAACUUCUUUAAAUCUUGCCAAGUUACUGAUAUAACAUGUUUGUAUAUUUAAAAAAAGCAGCAGGUGGAAGCCAAAGCAAAUAAAGAUUGUGAAAUAAA